CUAGACUGACUUCUUGAUUUUACCCUACAUCACCUCUACAUCGUCAUGUCACUCCUUCCCGCUGCAAAAAUCGGCGGUCGAAGAGUCGUGCUCCCUUCUCGAGCCGCCUUGACUUCGAGUUCACGGCUCUUCACCACUAGCACGGCCACUCCAGCUCCUCGCGUUUCGCCUCGCACCAAUGUCUUCCCUUCCAAAGUAUUAGCCAAUCCAUCUGCGCCACGCCGUGCCCUCGCUACCCAUGCCUCACCGCACACAUAUGCAAAGUUGACCGGCGAGGACAUCACCGCCUUUGCCUCCUUCCUCUCUUCCCCCUCGUCAUCCCUCCUCACCACGAUUCAACCUUCCGACUCGUCCUGUGGCGUCAAGCCUGUAGGCCAAGACGAGCUCGACGGUUACAAUGCCGACUGGAUGAACAAGUACAAGGGGCGCUCGCAGCUGGUCGUAAAGCCCAAGAGUACGCAGGAGGUGGCAGAUGUGGUCAAGUACUGCUACGAGAAGAGGAUCGCAGUCGUACCGCAAGGCGGGAACACUGGACUCGUGGGUGGGAGCGUGCCGGUGGAGGAUGAGGUCAUCAUCUCGACGGCUCUCCUGAACAAGGUCCGUUCCUUCGAUGAGGUCUCUGGCACCCUUGUAUGCGACGCCGGGUGCAUCCUCGAGUCCCUUGACCGAGAGAUUGGCGCAAAGGGAUACAUGAUGCCCCUCGAUCUGGGCGCAAAGGGGUCUUGCCACAUCGGAGGCAAUGUAGCCACCAAUGCAGGAGGGCUUCGCUUCCUGAGAUAUGGCUCUUUGCAUGGCAACGUUCUCGGCCUCGAAGUCGUGUUGCCCAAUGGCGAAGUGCUCGACGGACUCAGCACCCUCCGCAAGGACAAUACGGGCUUCGAUCUCAAGCAGCUCUUCAUCGGCUCGGAAGGCAGCAUCGGACUCAUCACUGGCGUCUCCAUCGUAACACCUCGACGCCCCUCUGCACAGAAUGUAGCAGUCUUCGCCGUCGACUCCUUCGAUGCCGUGCAGCAAGUCUUUGGUCGCGUCAAGUCGCACUGCGGUGAGAUCCUGUCCGCUUUUGAAUUCAUGGACCAAGACGCCUUCAACCUCGUCGUGCAUCACGGCAUCAAGAACCCCUUUGAGGCCAAGCACCCCUUCUACGUGCUCAUUGAAACCAGCGGCAGCAAUAAGGAUCACGAUGACGAGAAGCUUUCUGGUCUUCUCGAGGAGCUGAUGGAGAGCUCAAUGAUCACAGACGGUGUCAUGGCGCAGGAUGAAAGCCAAGCUGGCUCUCUCUGGUCAUUGAGGGAGAGUAUCGCAGAGGCAGCGGGCAAAAAGGGAGCCGUGUACAAGUACGACCUCUCCAUGCCCAUUCCCAAGAUGAACGAGCUGGUUGAGCACCUCCGACAACGCUUCAACGACGCAGGCGUAUUGGGUCAGGACAAGCAAAUCAAGGACGUGGUAGGCUACGGCCACAUUGGGGACGGGAAUCUCCACAUCAACAUUGUAGCCGAGGCCUACGCACCUGAGAUCGAGGCCUUGAUCGAGCCGUAUGUCUACGAGUGGACGAGUGGGGUGCAAGGAUCUAUCAGUGCUGAGCAUGGGCUCGGUUAUAUGAAGGCUGAGAAGAUUGGGUAUACCAAGGGGCAGAAGAGCGUCGAGUGGAUGCAGAGGAUAAAGGGCUUGUUCGACGAGAGGGGCAUCUUCAAUCCAAACAAGUACCUUCCGUCACAACCGGCAUCGAAGUAGGUCGACCGGGCAGUUUAGGACGGUCGAAAGGUGGUGGACAGGAGGGGGU